AUGGCUGACGACCUUGUGACCCUGUUCUGUCUUGUUGAUGGGCAGUCCACAUUGAACGCCUUCUCUGCCGAGAUUUACCCCACUAAGACAGUCAAUGGCCUCAAGAAGCACAUCAAGACCGAGGAGACCAACGAUUUAAGCGAUGUCGAUGCAGACAAGCUCCUUCUCGAGCGUCUCGAUCUCCAUCACAGAGCUCACCCAUAUCGCCAGUAG